CACAUUUUCCUGUAGGUGCACUAAUCGAACGUAAACACAGGUAAACAGUAGAAAUGGCAUCUGCGUUGGAAAAUUUAGAAACCCAGCUGGAACUUUUUAUCGAAAACGUACGACAGAUUCGUAUAAUAGUUAGUGAUUUCCAGCCUCAGGGACAAAAUGUGCUAAAUCAGAAAAUCCAAGGACUUGUAAAUGGUUUGCAAGAGGUAGACAAGUUGAAGUCACAGGUGCAAGAUGUUCAUGUGCCAUUAGAAGUGUUCGACUAUAUUGAUCAAGGUAGAAAUCCACAACUAUAUACAAAGGAUUGUAUAGAAAAGGCUCUAACAAAGAAUGAACAGGUCAAAGGAAAAAUUGAUGCCUAUCGAAAGUUUAAAGCUAACAUGCUUGUAGAAUUGAACCGAGUAUUUCCAAAUGAGCUAACAAAAUAUCGUGCGAUUCGUGGUGAUGAAUAAAUGUUCUUGUGCUUUUCAUUCUUAUGCCUAUCAAUCUCAUUUCCACUAACAUCAGAUUAUAAUAUACUCGUACUUUGUACACGGUAUCCUAUAUAUGUGUGUUAUGUAAAAUAUUUAUAAUGUGAAAAUAUAUUGGAGAACUUUA